UCAAACUUGGUACUGUGCUUGUGAGGCAGGCAACGACACCACUGAGCCCUGUUCUGGAUUUUUAUCUGCACUCAGAAUCUUGAGAAUAUUAUAAAAUUGGUUGUGAAGCAAAAUUUAAGAUGUUGCUUAUGUUUUUUGAGGAGAUCUGAGCCUGUAGAGCAAACAUGAGCAAAGCUCACCCUCCUGAGCUGAAAGUAAAUGAUGGCAGACAUUUCAAGGAGUAUUGCAGGAAGUGGAUCCCUGUGACUGUAGUGACAGAUGAGUAUGUGGAGAUGGCAGUGAGUGGGCAACAGAACAAUACUGGAAUGGUGGUUUUACAAGGAAAUAGUAUCGUGAUGUUGGAAGCCUUGGAAAGUUUAAUGACUGUUCAGUGAGAAAUUCUUAUUCUCCUCCAAAGUGCUAGUUUCACUAUGACUGAAAAUUGGGUCAUGUACAUGUUCACAUUGUUGUUAAAUGAAGUUCGUGUACUAAGUAAUGAUAAAGGUGAAGCCUUCAGUUUCUCAUUGUGCAAAUGCUUAUGGUUUUAUUAGAAAGAGGCCUUAGUCCUAGCUUCUCCUAGAAAUUGUUUCUAUGUAAAAUCUGUUCUCUUCCUGCCAUUGAAAUCAUUGAGUAUGUGUUGCCAAAUACCAGUUGCCUUACCCUGUUGUGGUACCGGUACUUCCCCACUGGAUAUUAAUGCCGUUUGAAGACAUUUUGGCAGUAGUGCACAACAGAUCAUUAGUAGUGCUGGCAUGUAAACUAGAAAACAGGCUCUUAUUCAUUGAUUUUUGUAGUAAUUAGGAGUUUCAAUUGAAAAUGUUCUGAGGCAUCUCC